GAUAGACGAGAUCGACAACACAUAGGGCUACGUACAUCAUCAUUAGCAAGGAAUGAUGCAUAAUUAUCUUGAUAUUUGGCAGUGAGGUGGUUAAAAUAGAAGGUGCCUGCCGGCCUCUCAGUUUCUCGGGUGUCAGGGGCAACACACUUGACAGCAACAAAUACUCCAGGAGUGUGUGAGGGAGAAGAUCGAGAGGAGAGGAGAGGACACCACGAGACGUGAGGAAAGUAAAGACCAUGUUAACAUGAGGACAGAGAAGAAGAAAAAGAGUGAUACACGAGGGGGAAUGUGCUCAGUCACCAACCAGGAGAGCUCAGGAGACCAGGAGCGGGAACAAGAAUCUGACAUGACGCUGAGUUUGAUCGCAGCUGGAGAAAGAUCCCAACACUCCUGACACAUUGUGUGGACAGAAGAAUAAGACGGUGUCAGUCGGCUUCUAACAGCUGAUUCUGGGACAAAGAGGAACAAGAGAAGAGGAGUGACAAAUGCUGCCAACUUCUCAAAACAGAGCAUGCUUGAUUGUCAACUGAAAAUGUGGACUCCCAAAUGACCAAAGGAGGACAACAAGAGGUCGUGGAUCUGCGUUAAACAAGAGGACAAACUUCUACUGUCUUUAAGCCACGAUGACUGAGCGAGUUCACAGUUUUCAGGGUCAAAGCUUCCACAAACUGAAGCGAGCCUGCCUGCGUCGAGGUGCUCUCUUCAAGGACCCACUGUUCCCGGCCACCGCCCAGUCCCUCUUCUACAAGAGGGAACCCCCGCCGGGUCUGACCUGGAAGAGGCCCAGGGAGAUCUGUAAGGACCCCCGUCUGUUUGUUGACGGCAUCAGCACUCGGGACUUACACCAAGGCAGUCUGGGUAACUGCUGGAUGGUCGCUGCAAUUUCCUGUUUAGCAUCUGAGCCGUCUCUGUGGAAGAAGGUGAUCCCAGACCACAUGGAUCAGGAGUGGAAUCCCAAAAACCUCAACCUGUACGCAGGAAUCUAUCACUUCCGGUUCUGGCGUCUGGGUCGUUGGAUGGAUGUUGUCGUGGACGACCGUCUGCCGGUCAGCGGGGAUGGAGUGCUGCUUUUCUGCCGCUCAGCGACACCUCGAGAGUUUUGGAGUGCUUUGCUGGAGAAGGCCUACGCCAAGCUGAACGGCUGCUAUGAGGCUCUGGAGGGAGGAAACACUGCAGAGGCUCUGAUCGACUUCACUGGAGGGGUUUCAGAGCCGCUCAGUCUGGAUCGUGAGGCUCUCAGGCUGCACAGCGAGCAGAGGAGGACGUUUUUCCAAACGCUGACCAAGGCCCACGAACACAAAGCCCUCAUCACCUGCUACAUACGGCCAGCAGAAGGAGAGAUGGUAGAGUCGGUGCUUGAUUGCGGUCUGGUGCGAGGACACGCCUACGGGAUCACAGCGGUGAAGAAGCUGAGGUCAGGGGAGACGGCGUCAUGGAACGACGGGAUGCCUCGACUCUUCAUGGUGCGCAUGAGGAACCCAUGGGGGACCACAGACUGGACGGGGGCCUGGAGUCAGGGGUCACAGCAGUGGCAGCAGAUGAGUCGGGCAGAAAGGGAAAAGAUGGGCCUGGUAGUUCGAGACGUCGGGGAGUUUUGGAUGGACUUCGAGGAUUUCUGCAACUACUUCACCGACGUGGUUGUGUGUCGCCUGGCGGAGCGGACUCUGCUGUGGCCGAGCUCUCACUGGAGAGAAGUGCGCUGCUACGGAGAGUGGGCUUCUGCUCCCACUCCCUCAGAAACACCCCCACCUCCCAUCCUCCACAGUAACCACCCGCGGAGUUUAGGGAGGAGUAACGCCAAAUCAGGAGGGACCAAACAGCGAGGAAACAAGAGGGAGACAAGGCUCGGGGAGAGUCAGCAGCAGGGAGGGAAAGGAGAGAGACGAAAUAAGGCCGUGAAAAAAGCCAGAGAGGAAGACGAUGGAGAAGGGGGAGGAUGGGAGGCACAGAUGGAUAAGAGGAGUCGAUGUGGAGGAUGCAUCAACCACAGGGACACUUUCCUGCACAAUCCACAGUUCAUGUUUGAGGUUAGAGGUAAAGAAGAGGAGGUGCUGAUCUGUCUGCAGCAGGAGGACAGGAGGAUACAGAGGAAGAAUGGAGGAGGAGACAACCUGCCGAUAGGGUUUGAGGUGCUAAAGGUUGAGGUCAACCGCCGCAGCAGGGUGCAGGUUGUGGUGGAGCAGGCUGCCAGCUCCGUCUACAUGGACUCCCGCAGUGUGACUCUGAGGGGGACUCUGGCUCCUGGCCGCUAUGUUGUGCUGCCAACAACCUUCCUGCCCGGAGCCACCGGGCGAUUCCUGCUUCGCCUCUUCUCCCAUUCUCACGUCCAACUCAGGGAACUAAGGAAGGAUUUACCUCCUCCCUCUUUCUUUGCCUGUUUUCUACCUCAACCAUCUGUGGUGACCACAGUCCACCUCCGCAGAGCAACGGGACUCAACUCUCCCAAACAGACAGGUGGGUUAGCGCACAACAUCAUGCUAUUGUAA